AUGUCUGGCACGCCUAGGCAGUCGGUCGGUCGCCACAGGUCGACAUUGUCUCUGCAAAAAACCGAAAUAGUCAUAAACGUAUACGACUUGCUGCCUGCCGGUCGAGUCUCGUCGAUACUGUGGGCGUUUGGCACGUCGUUUCUGCACACGGGCGUCGUCAUCAACGGCCGCGAGUACGCAUAUGGAGGUCACAAUAAACGCGGUGUAUCCGGCGUCUUUUGGUCGAAGCCUAGGACGCCGCCGCCGGGCGGCUCCUUUCGGUGCGAGUUGCUUCACGGCUUCACGCUCGCCACCGAGGAAGAAAUCAACGCGACGGUGCACGCGGCAUGCGAACAAUUUCUCGGCACCGACCACAACCUAUUAAACAAAAACUGCAACCAUUUUACCGCCUAUAUCUGCAAAGCGCUGACCGGCGAUCCCGGACCAGGCUGGCUCAAUAGAGCGUCCACUAUCGGCAAAGCCCUGCCAUGUCUCGUGCCUAGGGACUGGCUUGAAGCACCGGACCACAUGGCGGUUGACGGUGAACUCCUCGACUCAGACGACGAAGCAGACGAAGCGACCGAGCGAUCUACAAUGUUGCAGAAAAGAGGGAGGUUAAAUAACCCGGGUAGCCGUUCGUAG